AUUUCCAAAAACUACAGAUCCUCCCACGAUAAAAACACGUUUCCCUGCCAGUAAAGAUUUGAAAGAAGGAGAAAAACUCAGCAGCCACUUUGACUGUGAAGCUGAGGGAAAUCCUCCCCCGAAAACUGUGUGGUUAAAGGAUAGCAAAGAGUUUGAUUCAUCCAAAAUACUGAUGAGAGGAGAUGGAGGAGUCUACCAGCUUAAAACUGUGAACAAAUUGGGAUCUGCAACUGCGACUGUGACAGUCACUGUGGGGUAUGAGCCCAGUGUAAUAAACCCUGCAGAAGAAAGUGUGCCUGUUGUGAAAGGGGACAGCGUUGUUUUUAACUGCACUGCUGAAGCUAUCCCAUCCCCUACAUACACGUGGAAACACCCUGAAGCUGAUAAUGUGAACACCACGACGAGGGAUAAUGUGUCCACUUUGACUAUCACAGGAGUCUCCUCUAGCAAUGAGGGUGUUUAUGAAUGCCAUGCUUGGAACAUACAUGGAAAUUCCACAAGGAAAGUUACAGUUAUAGUCAUAGAUUACCUCCUUCCAUUAAUAGCAGGAGUUGCAGCACUAUUUGUUCUUCUUAUUCUAAUAUUAAUAAUUGUCCUGUACCGUAUGUACUACAAACGCCAUAAAACAGGAGAGUACAGCCUCAAAGCAGGGAAACCUUCAAGUGCAAAUGGCAGCAUGGCACAUAAUGGAAAGGGGGCUGAAGAAAUACCCUUAACACCAAUAUGAACCCACCGAAAAGGACGUUUGUCAUCCACCUGCCUACCGUUCUCCCAAACUCUCACAAACCCAGCCAAGCACAGUAUGUAUAAUUAAAGAAUUAACUGCCUACAUCAAACUUCCAAACAUGCUUGACUUUAUGAAGGAGCCGCAUUGCUGUCAGUGAUCCCUGGACCUCUGGCUUGCAAGUGCAGUGCUAAGGUCAUGCUCUGGGGCGAUGCUCUACUACAGUGAAAGACAGAAGGCAUGUGGAGCUUGUGUUUGCUUCUUCAUGAAGACAGGCACAUGUCCUCAUGUUUGCUCGCUCAGAGGGAUUUAUUUACCUUGCAGAGCGACAGGUUUGAACCCAAGCAUAAAAACAAAGCCUUGUCUGGAAAAGAGCCCUUGUAUUUAUACUCGCUUCUGCUCAUGUGCAGUAUCAGCAUUGGCAAGGACCCAAUAGAAUUCCAGAGCAGGCUCCUCUUUGUGAUGUCAUCAACGGUUUCUUAAACAAUCCUUUUACAGAAUCACGAAAUAGCGAGGGAACACUGCUACGAAUUCCUGCUCUUAACUGCAUGUGUUUUUAUUGGGAUCUAAAUAAUGCUACUGUGAUAUUUUUUCCCACUGCCUGCCGUAAUCUCUUAUAACGGAUACAGUCUGCCUGCCUGUCUUUUCAGGUCUGUCUGUUUUUAUAUGUCUCUCUCCCCAAUAGUAUGGAGCUGG